AUGGCUUUCUCUCAGACUUUGCCAUCUUCUUUUGCUCCCACCUUUGAGAAAUCUUCAACCCCACCUCCAGUUUCCAUAUCUUCCUCUGUCUCUUUCCGUUUUUGCCCUCCAUUUCUCCACCGCAAGAAACCCCUUUUAUCGAUCAGGUCGGCCGCUGUGGAAGCACCAUUGGUAGCUGGUGGACUAGCGCCGGCUAUUACCCUGACGGACAAUGCUCUAAAGCACCUAAGUAAAAUGAGAUCUGACAAUAAUGAAGACCUGUGCCUUAGAAUUGGUGUUAAACAAGGUGGAUGUUCUGGUAUGUCUUACACUAUGGAGUUCGAGAGCAAAGAAAAUGCUAGGCCCGAUGACUCUGUCAUGGAGUACGAUGGUGUGGUUAUAGUUUGUGAUCCAAAGAGCCUCCUAUUUCUCUACGGUAUGCAACUUGACUAUAGUAAUGCUCUCAUUGGGGGAGGCUUCAACUUCAAGAAUCCAAACGCCACCAAGACUUGUGGUUGUGGCAAAUCAUUCGCUGCAGAGAUGUGA